CCAGCAGCCAACGUUCACUGCAGUGCAGUAGCCAACCAGGAUCUCGCUAGCCCGACUUGACGACUCUUAACAGGAAUAUGGAUGAAAUGAUGAAACUAGUCAACGGCUGUCAGACUGACCCCCCCUGCACGGGCCCAUAAACCAUGUCCACAGAUGACAGUAUCUCUGAGGAUGUGUCCAGCUCUGCUGCUUUGAGCCACUGCCACGCUAGUGCAGAUGGGGAUGGGGGAAAGGAGAGUGAGACCUCUCUGGUUUCCUCAGAGGGGACAUCGGCCUCGGGACUGGCUGUCUCUGAAGGCAGACACACGACCUCCCAAACAACAGGAGGCACUGUGGAGAGCAGGCCAAUCGACAUCACACCAGCAUGCAACAAGAUCAGGAGUCUAUGUCUGAGCACAGAUGAAGCGUUCCAACAGGGAAAGAGCCUCCCAUUCAUCAACCCGAGCUCCCUGGAGACCCUGAGGGCUUUGGUGCAGGAGAUACAGAGCAGCGGAGAGACAGACCCCGAGAUCUGGAAGGAUUGUGAGGGCCGAUGGUUGCAUCUGUUUCAGCUGGUUGAGAAGCAAUACCAAGAGCAAAUCCUUAAUCAGCAAGAACAAUACCAGUGCCAAAUACAGUUGAUUCAGGAUGAAAUCAAGGCCCUGGUUCAACUCCAGAACCGCCAGGCCUGCAUCCAGCCACACACAGAGUUCUCUCCAACUUCAGUGACCAAAACUACAGCAAACACAAAGGAAUACAUUUUUCCACUUCUCUCCACUGACUGCACAGUCUCCAAACAUGUGGCCAGUGACAAUGGCCUGGCAGCCCCUGCACACACGCCCUUUAGCUCCCCUUCACCUCCUCUCCAAAGAUCAGAGACGGCUAACAAGGGGGAAGAGCGGGCGACCACGGGGCUCAGCAGCGGUUACGGAACUCUGUCCAACUGGGAAACAGGCCUGGAGCCUGCUGAGUCUCAGGGGGAAGAUGAGGAUUGUAUUCAAGAGAGGGAGAAGCAUCACUGGUCUCCAAACUUCCAGGAAGAUACAAGGACAAUUUUGGUUGGCUGUCGGAAGGAUUUUUCCAAUGAGAGGGCUCUUAUAGAAGAGGAAGCUAGCUCAUUAGUCUACCAGCAGAGAGCCUCUUGCACCAGCCAGCCAUUGACCUCCUGGGCCCAGAGACAGAAACUCAAGCCCAAGAAGAGCAAAGCAGGGCACGCUUCAUCCCAAAUCCUGGAGUACCAGGAGCAGCAUCCUGGCCUCAGAGAGCCAUCCAAACAAAACCAGAUGGAGAGCUCAGACUCCCAGGACCAGCAGAGAGCCAUCGGGCCAUCAUCCAGCUCUUUUCCCUUGAGGAGGAGUGACAGCCUGAUGUCUGAGGCAUCAGGCCUCACCUAUUGGCGUUUGAAUGAGAGUGAACUGUAUCACCCUCUACCGGACAGCUUUGACAGCGGCGCCUACCUUCUUCUACAAGAGGCAUCCAUGAGUCUAACCCCCACUCAGGAGCCUCGACUGUCCCUUAAAGAGAUCUAUCAGAACAAGCAAAGGACGGACUGUAAGCGCUUUGACUGGGAAGGUUCUGUUACAUCCAGUCCAACUUCACCACAGGUUUUGACAUUGGAUCCAGCAGCAAACCAGCGUCAUUCAGAUCGUACCUCCGGCUUCACUUCACCCUCUCACUUCAGCAGCCCCUCGUUCGCCACCCAGCCCCACAUCUACCCCCGAGUAGGGACCCCUGUGACCCCUGACAGCAUGGUGGAAUGCAGCCCAAACCCCGGAGAUACAGACUGCAUCUCUGAUACCUCCAGUGGUUCAGUGGCCGGACCCGUCCUUUCUAAAGUGCAGACGAUGUGGGGGAAAACAGUCCAGUCUACCUCCCAGGAUCAGACCCGCACAUCCAGCCAGCAGCACAGAGCCAAUGCCCCCUUAGUUAGCGAGGAGGAGGGUAGCCACACUCACACCAGCACCCUGAAGCCAGGUUCAGCCUCUGGGUCCACUCUGAGGCCUGCAGCUAGCCCACACAUGGAGAGGGCUUCAUCACUAGAAGAUCCUGUAGUCCUCUCUCUACUGAGGCAGAACCUGAGAGAGAAGCACUCCCGACACGUGGCCGAUCUUAAAGCAUAUUAUGAGUCCGAGAUCCAAAGUCUGCGAGACAAACUGAAGCUCACAGAUCUGCCCCAGGAUUUAGAGAAGAGCAACCAGGCCCUGACAAAGAGGUGUAAGCAGCUGGAGAAAGCUCUGGCUGAGGCAAACAGUCAGAUUCAAGAACUAGAGGCCGCAAACAGCUCGCUGGAGAGAAAGCUGGCUGAGUGGCCAGAGCGGUAUGCAGUGGCAGGUGCGACUGUUAAAUCCUUGCAGCAGAGAUUGGAAGAGAGCAAACGCUCGAGCAAAGACAAAGACGAUCUGACAGCACGUCUGAAGAGCCACAUACGGCAGCUGGAGGAGGCGAUGCAGAGAGCAGGCAGGGAGGCCGAUGAGAAAGAGGCCAGGAGGGAGAGAGAGUACAAGAUGCUGCAGGAUCUGCUCGGGGAAUAUGACUGUCUGGCAAAGGAGCACGAGGGAGUGAAGAACAACCUGGUGUCAACAGAGAGCAAGCUUGUUGAUGCGAACGAUCAGAUAUGUGAGAUGAAGAGAGUGAUCUCCAAACUGGAGUCUCAGGUGAAGCAGCUGGAGCACGAGAACAAUGCAAGGACACGAUAUGCUUCUCACAGUAACACACAACCUUCUGGGGCUGGUCUUUUCCACCACCCUGACCUGCUGCUGUCACCCAGUAAGGGUAGGAUCGAGCCUGAUGUCACACGCAGAAAGUCGCCCUGUCCUCUAUCUGAUCAGGUACACAGCGGAAUAAAAUCUCCAUUUCAUCAGACUAACCAAUCAAGUGCCCAUAAGAAGCCCCAGUAUCCAAUCAAUGAUCAGUCAUCAGGAACUGGAAGCUCUUUGGAGGCCUCUUCAGGAGGUGCUGGCUGGAGGUGUGCGUCUCCUCCUGAGUGUGAACAGUCCCUUCCUCAGUCCAGACACCAGGAGCAGAGUGGUGGGCAUCAGGAGGGGAGUCGCAGCACCUUGACGCCCAUGAUGAGGGCUCUGAUCCAGCUGGAGGAGACCAGAGCCACGGAGAGCAGGGCCCCCUGUAAGAACAGCUCCACCUCCAUCCACAGGGUUGGCAAUCAGAGGACGACAGUCGGGUUCGUGGAGCGGAGACACAAGGAGGUGAUUCAGGAUCAAGUCGAGUAUCCAGCCAACCAUGAGGGGAUCAAACCCGGACACGCUGCACCUCGAACCGAGCGAGUAGGAUCAAAAAGUCUAAAUAGAGCAGCAGCUCUUCUGAGGGCUCAGAGGAGUCUGUCCCCAGACGGCCAUAGAUCCUCCUCACUCCCUCCUCCAGAUCAGAGAAACAUCUCCCCAACUACACCGACAAAAAGAGAAACUCUUCUCAUGCCCAUGUCUGCAAAGUCGAGUCCUAAACGCUGCCCCUCAGAGAACUACUCCACUGCUUUUGGUCGUCCGAUGCCGAGAGAAGAACACUUUAUCAAAAGGUUUGACGGGCAGGUUGACCAGAGACGUCAUUCAUUUCACAGCAGCAGCCCCAGAAAGAGACUCCAGUUCAUGUCUGCAGACCGAGACGAUGGCCUUCAGCAGCCUUCACAGUCCACAGGCAACGUGAAUCCCCCUGAGGGAAACUGGCCGUCCCAGCUGGGCUGGGAGAGGCAGGCAGCCUGUGCUGGAUCUGACCCCCAGGACCCCUGUGAGGACUCAGUCCCUCUUUUCGUGGACAGACUCCACUCACUGGCUGAGGCUGAGAAACUGUUUGAUGAGCUGACACAGGAGAAACUGCAGAUUGAGGCAGCUUUGAGCCGAAUGCCUGGAGCAGGAGGUCGAGUGAGUCUACAGACCCGGUUAGACGAGGUGGCCUUAGAGAAACGUCUGGAGAGAGUGAAUCGUGAGCUGGGAUCGAUCCGCAUGACCCUGAAGAGAUUCCACGUCCUCCGCACCUCUGCCAACAUAUAGCAAUGUCUGUCUUUUUACAGUGUAGAUGCUACAACUUAGUGUCUCUGCUUUUUCUUUUUUUUACAGUGCACUGAUUGUCGUUCAGUCUCUUUUAGUGCCAUAAACUCAUCUGUAUGGCAGCAUCUUUUUGUACGUAUUACUUAUUACUCUGGGAAAUUUUUUAUACGUCUGAAAGAUAUUGAAAUUUUUGAAGUAUAUUUUUAGUAAGACACAGAUUUGUAAAGUCGUUUACUUUUUAUCACAGAAAUAUUAAUAUGACAUGUUUUAAUCGCCAUAUUGAGGUGUGGAUUUUUAAAAUGUUUCAGUGUAAAGUUGACUUUCCAGCAGACACAUUCUUCCACUUGGGAAAUAUUACUGCCAUUUAUCUUCAUGUGUUUUGUUGACAUUUUCAAUAUUUUGUGUUUUCCAUUUGACACCACUUAAAUCUAUUUAUUUCAUGUUUUGUACAUCAGAUAUCAUUUUUCGGUGCAUUUUAUACAUUUUUUUGUUGCUAUGAUUUUUUUUUUAAUGGGGCCAAAUUGAACAAACAUGAAGGAAAUAUCUACUUGAAUUCAGUUGCCUUUUUUUCCUUCGUUUACUUUCAAUAAUUACUCGUCACUUUGCUUGCUUUAUUUUUCAGUAUUGCUAUUCUUGAUCAGAGCCACCUGAAAAAUCCAAACCAGCACACUUCUCAAGUGUCACACACACAAACAUUUCUACACAGAUCUUUGUUGGUUGAUCAAUGCUUGUGCAUGGGAUUUCUUCUUUUUGCCAUGCAGACUUUUCCUACAUGAGAUGAUGAACUACACUGGAACUAUAAUAUUGUUGUUGCACAAUAAAAGAAGCUUUUUUUUGAUAACUGUU